CGGAGUGAUUCCUUCUACCCCCAAGAACAUUCUUCCCCUCCUCCAGCUGUUGCAGCUUGAGGGGGAAAGACAAACCGAGCGGGGGUUUUCUUUAUAUUUAUUUUUCACUCCGCCUGGGAACGGUGAAGUACUUCUUCUGCAUGAUUUUAGCUGAAGGAUGCUCUGCAUUUCCUUGAUUUCUAUGGAGACCUCAGAGCUGGGUUUGCUCCUGCUGACACCUCAUCUUGUACCUUCUCUACCUCCCAAGGUCUUUGCCUCUUUCAAUAGCUUGGCAUUGCCCCUGGGUCCAGGAAGCCUAUGAUGAACUUAAGGGGAGCACCUGGAGAAUCAUCCUGAUAGGCUUUGAGCAGCAAUGGCUGGACAUACUUCAAGCCACAUGUUAACAUGGGUCAAGCCAUCACUAGAAGGCAAGUGCUAAGACUAAAGGCUUAUUUGCAUUUUAUUUAAAUUUGAUGGACUGAGCUUUGGACAAUUUCCAUGGCAGAAAAAUAUAUUCCAUUUUCUAGGCACAACUGCUGGCUGUCAGACACUUGCUGCCUUUGAAUCUUGCAGCAUCAUCACCAACCACCCUAGACGUAUUUCCAAAUUUGAACAGCCACCCUGAAACAGGUGUUUGGGAGACCCCAACAUUUUCUGACUUAGGCCUGAGAGUGCUAGGUUGUUUAUCUAGACCAGCCAAGCUCUGGAGAGCAAUGUUGAAUCCCUGGGAACAGAGAGCAUGGGGCGUGCUGAUUUAAAAACAGAAAAUGCAAAGUUGGACUGAAAAUAUCCUUAGUCUUCCAAGCAAUCUGCUUAAGGGUUCCAAACUUACCUUCAUUUGGUGACAAAAGAAGCUGCCCUAUUUUUCUUUCUUCUUCUUCUUCUUCUACAACUGGAACCAGCCAUUUCCAAAAACCACCACCAUGGAGGUUGCAAUGGUGAGUGCGGAGAGCUCAGGGUGCAACAGUCACAUGCCUUAUGGUUACGCGGCCCAGGCUAGGGCACGGGAGCGGGAGAGGCUUGCUCACUCGAGGGCAGCUGCGGCAGCCGCCGUGGCAGCUGCCACAGCUGCUGUGGAGGGCAGUGGGGGUUCUGGAGGGAGCUCCCACCACCACCACCAGUCGCGUGGGGCCUGCACCUCCCAUGACCCUCAGGGCAGCCGGGGUAGUCGGAGGAGGAGGCGCCAGCGGCCUGAGAAGAGGAGAGUCCACCACCGCCAGAGCAGCUUUCCUCAUUGCUCCGACCUGAUGCCCAGUGGCUCUGAGGAGAAGAUUCUGAGGGAACUGAGUGAGGAAGAGGAAGAGGAGGAGGAGGAGGAGGAGGAGGAAGAGGAAGGAAGGUUUUACUAUAGUGAGGAUGACCAUGGUGAUGAAUGUUCCUACACGGACCUGCUGCCCCAGGAUGACGGGGGCGGCGGUGGCUAUAGUUCAGUCCGCUACAGUGACUGUUGUGAACGUGUGGUGAUAAAUGUGUCGGGCCUGCGCUUUGAGACCCAGAUGAAGACUCUGGCCCAGUUUCCAGAGACUCUGUUGGGAGACCCUGAGAAGAGGACUCAGUACUUUGACCCUUUGCGUAAUGAGUAUUUUUUCGACAGAAACAGGCCUAGCUUUGAUGCCAUCUUAUAUUAUUACCAAUCAGGAGGCCGCCUCAAGAGGCCAGUCAAUGUCCCCUUUGAUAUCUUCACUGAGGAGGUGAAGUUCUAUCAGUUGGGAGAGGAGGCCCUGCUCAAGUUUCGGGAGGACGAGGGCUUUGUGAGAGAAGAGGAGGACAGGGCCUUGCCAGAGAAUGAAUUUAAAAAGCAGAUUUGGCUUCUGUUUGAGUAUCCGGAGAGUUCCAGUCCAGCAAGGGGCAUAGCCAUCGUCUCUGUCCUGGUCAUCUUAAUCUCCAUUGUCAUUUUCUGCCUGGAAACUUUACCUGAGUUUCGGGACGACAGGGAUCUCAUCAUGGCACUGAGUGCAGGCGGGCACAGUGGGUUGUCGAAUGACACCUCGGCACCCCACCUAGAGAACUCAGGGCACACCAUCUUCAACGACCCCUUCUUCAUCGUGGAGACAGUCUGUAUUGUUUGGUUUUCCUUCGAGUUUGUGGUUCGCUGCUUUGCUUGUCCCAGCCAAGCACUCUUCUUCAAAAACAUCAUGAACAUCAUUGACAUUGUAUCCAUUUUGCCUUACUUCAUCACCCUGGGCACUGAUCUGGCCCAGCAGCAGGGGGGUGGCAAUGGUCAGCAGCAGCAGGCCAUGUCCUUCGCUAUCCUCAGGAUCAUCCGUCUGGUCCGAGUAUUCCGGAUCUUCAAACUCUCCAGGCAUUCCAAAGGCCUGCAGAUCCUGGGCCACACCCUCAGAGCCAGCAUGCGGGAGCUGGGACUUCUGAUCUUCUUCCUCUUCAUUGGGGUCAUCCUGUUUUCCAGUGCUGUGUAUUUUGCAGAGGCAGAUGAACCUACCACCCAUUUCCAAAGCAUCCCAGAUGCGUUUUGGUGGGCCGUGGUGACCAUGACAACUGUGGGCUAUGGGGACAUGAAGCCCAUCACUGUGGGGGGCAAGAUCGUGGGGUCCCUGUGUGCCAUUGCAGGUGUCUUAACCAUUGCUUUGCCAGUGCCAGUGAUUGUCUCUAACUUUAACUAUUUCUACCACAGAGAGACUGAGAAUGAGGAACAGACACAGCUGACACAGAACGCAGUCAGUUGCCCAUACCUCCCUUCUAAUUUGCUGAAGAAAUUCCGGAGCUCUACUUCUUCUUCCCUGGGGGACAAGUCAGAGUAUCUAGAGAUGGAAGAAGGAGUUAAGGAAUCUCUCUGUGCAAAGGAGGAGAAGUGUCAGGGAAAGGGGGACGACAGUGAGACAGAUAAAAACAACUGUUCUAAUGCGAAGGCUGUGGAGACUGAUGUGUGAAUCUUGUUCUCCACCUGCCACUGCCUCCCCCCACCCCCAGCCCCAGUAUCUCCAAAUAUAUUUAUGCAUAGAGAGUGGAGUUAUGAAAAUGAAAUAUGCAAACGAAUCUAAUGCAUAUAGUAGUACACCAUUUAAUGGUUAUACGUGACAUAAUUGUUACUCAACUUGUAUUACAUAUCAAAUAAAUGAUACAUCUUGGAGAAG